AGCGCCCCGGCGGCUCCGGCAGCGCCCUGGCGGCUCCGGCUCCGCCGCCGGCUCCCGGCGCGGCCAGGGCAGGUUUCUUAUCGGGCUCGUAAGUCUCGGGCCCGUGUAACCGAAGGACUGUAAUUGAUUGAUAAAUUUGUUCUCUGGCAUGUCGCAGAAAGCAAGCGCGCCGGCUCCCCGGCCUCCGAAGAGCACGCUGCCGGGCUAAGGACGGGAAGAUUAGCUAAACUGCGUUUCUGAGAAGGGCCGGGGCUGGUUGGCUGCAUACAUCCCCCUUCGGUCUUGAGCCUGGCAGCUUUUCCAUCUGGUACCAGAGGGAAAACCUCCUCCUUUACCACUUCCGCUUUGCCUGGGAGUGUCCACGAAGGCAGGGGCGCAGAAGAUUGGGCAUCUGUAGCUCUACUGAAGACUGAUGGUAACUGCAAGUGCUCCAGGUUUUCGUUGUCUCUAUUUGCCAUUAAUUCUAAUCUGUUUUCUGGUGGUUGUGAGAGGUGACGGUUCAGUAUCACUGUUUUGAAACAAACCCAUUAGGACUUGAAAUGGGUCAUCAAACGUUGGAGAAGUGAUACAGGAGCAUCACAUUAACAUCACUGAAACAAGCAAGUAGAAGAAAUCUUUGCCAGGGAAAUAACAAGUGAAGAAGUUGAAUGCUUGCUUCAGCUGAAGAGAAUAUUUCCUAAGUCCUGGGAGGAAAAGGCGAAAAAGAGAACCAGAGGAUGUUGCUGGUAGGUAUGUAAAUGACAGGAAACCAUGACUAGCAGCGUGAUUGUCAACAGGAAACAAAAAUUCAGAGCCUAUGUGACAGUGCCAUACAGUGCACUCGCUGUGCCGUGUCGUCAGCUGGACUCUGUGGCCUAGGGAGCACUGCUCGUCUGAGGGAGCUGUUCUUCUGUGAACCUAUCUGCUUGGGUUUGGUGAAUUAUUCUGCGCCUGGUUAAUCCACUUUGAAGUUGGCAAGCCCUGAUUUUUUCUCUUUACACCUGUUACUGUAAAGAUCUUGAACAGCCAUGGGGAAAAAAGGGUGUGUGUGAACUAUCCUUGCAAGCUGGCAGCCGAGUGAGUGCUCUUCGGACCCCAGGCAGCUUUGAGGUGUCUUGGCUGUUCAGUGCUCUGCAGAUAUGAACGCUGAGCUUUUCUGGCACGUUCUCACAUUGGCCUGGUCGCUCUCACCAUGCUAGUACAUGGGAAAGAAGACUUCCUUUCAGAUGUAGCUUACAUCAUCCUGGAACUGGUCAUUGCCGUGCUGGCCAUCUUGGGGAACAUUCUGGUCUGCUGGGCAGUUUAUUUGAAUAGCAACCUGCAGAACGUCACCAACUACUUUGUGGUGUCCCUGGCUGCUGCUGACAUUGCCGUAGGUGUGCUGGCAAUCCCCUUUGCCAUCACCAUCAGCACUGGCUUCUGUGCCUUCUUCUAUGGCUGCCUCUUCAUUGCCUGCUUCGUCCUGGUCCUGACUCAGAGUUCGAUCUUCAGCCUCCUUGCUAUCGCCAUCGACAGAAUCAUUGCGAUCCGCAUUCCCCUCAGGUACAAUGGCUUGGUGACUGGCUCUCGAGCCAAAGGUAUCAUUGCGAUCUGCUGGGUAUUAUCUUUCAUCAUUGGCCUGACACCAAUGCUUGGGUGGCACAAACGCUCGCAAAUUGAAGAGCAGGGUACCAAUAAGUCCUCUCCCAUCAACUGCAGCAACAGUAUGGUGGCAUGCCUCUUUGAGGCUGUGGUCACCAUGGAAUAUAUGGUCUACUAUAACUUCUUUGCCUGUGUGUUGUUGCCUCUCCUCCUUAUGUUUGGAAUCUACUUGAAAAUCUUCAUGGCCGCCCGACGACAGCUCAAGCAGAUGGAGAACAAGAUGGUACAUGGGGAACGCUCACGCUCCACUUUGCAGAAGGAAGUGCAUGCAGCCAAGUCUUUAGCCAUUAUUGUUGGGUUGUUUGCAAUCUGCUGGCUUCCACUACAUAUCAUUAACUGUUUCACUCUUUUUUGCCCAAACUGUGCCCGCGCUCCCCUCUGGCUGAUGUAUCUGGCCAUUAUCCUGUCUCAUGCCAACUCAGUUGUAAAUCCUCUGAUUUAUGCCUACCGGAUCAGGGAGUUCCGUCACACCUUCCGUAAAAUCAUUAGCCAGCAUAUUCUGGGCCGAAAGGAACAGUUCAAGGCCGGAACAGCCAGCUCUAGGACUUCCACGCAUGGUGGGGAUGGGGAGAACGCUAGCAUACGAAUCGGUGAGUAUGCAUUAGAGGUAUACACCAAUGGAGAGAUCCGCAGGGAUCCUGAAAAGCAGGACUUGAACAAAUGCAAAGCAGGCUUGGAAUGGCACCAGAAUGGAAAUGCUCUGGACAUAGAGACAAACGGGCAUCUCCCACAUUCCUGCAAAAAUGGGAUUCUCUCAGAUGCAUGUGUGAACAGGGAGCUUCAUAGUGAAGAGCUAACUGAUGCUCAUCUCUCUUACUCAGAUCUAGAAAGCACAGCCUUUGCAGCAGCUGAUGUUUCCUGAUGACUCUUUCAAAGUCUUCCUGGUAGAAUUACUUUUUUUCCAUUGGUGGCCUCAGUUGUGGCAGAAAGGGAGAUUGGGAGCUGGGGGAGAGGUUUGUAUUAAGAUUGCUGCGGAGAAAGGUGUCCCUACCCAGGACCAUUGGGAAGAUCCUAAAUACUAGACUGGAAAAAAGCCAAGAGACCACUGAAAUGGACUAAAGGAGGAAGGGACACAUCACCAAUCAAAGACCUGUCACCAAGAGCGGUGCCAAGGUCAGAGAUGGCAUUCCAAAUUCAUCACUGGGAGAACUCCGUUGAUGCAAGGCGUGUUGUGACAUUUUGCUGUACUGUGUGUCCAUGGUUGUAUAUUGGUUUUGCUGUCGCUAGUGAGAGAAAUAAAAGCAUGGCUGGAAGUAUUCACUUAAUUGCAAAGAGCAACAGGGAGGGGCCUUCUAGUACUUCAGCUCUGCAACAGACUGAAGGGGGAUUCCAACAUCUGUUGGUCAGGGAGAAUGCCAAUAGCUUCUCAGAGAAGGAAGGAAUUUACCUGAUGGGAACUUUGAAUACCUUCAACCAUGGCAUUUUGUUUUCGGUUUGUGUUUUUAAACUUUUACUGUAACAGGUUCCUCAGAUGUUUUUUCCUGUCUUGAUUAGAUUACUUAAGUUAUAAAAACCGGGCAAGAACUCGUAUCCAUUCCCUGAGUGCUCAAUGUUCCAGAUGCACCAGAUGAGUAUAACCUCGUAGCCCUCCACUUUGUCUAGCAAAUAAUGAAAAAGGAGCCUCAAGUAUGGAGUCCCUUAGCCAAAAAGGCUGCUAGCAGGGCUUGGUGCUGCAGGUUGCAGAGGAGCAGGCCAGGUUCUGGUCUGUUCCCAGAAGUGAUCCAGCAAUGCCCUGAGGUAUUGUGGAGAGCCAGCAGGUGUGUGAAGUGUCUACAGACUGGUGGGCACUGACGGAUUCUGCUUUAUUCUUCUCUCUCUGGCUUGUCCUAUUAUGCACCUAGAAUGCUAAUUCUUUCCAUGGCCCUAUGUGUGUGAGAGACAUGGUCAUCUUAUUUUAGUCAUGUUCAUCCUCACCCCAAAAGCUGUAGUUUUUCUUUUUCCUUUUUUUCUCUCGGGGAUGGGGAGAACACACACACAUACCCAAUGCUUCCUUUUGGAAUUCCAAUGAGCUAUUUGAUGAACACCUAUGUUUUUGGUUGAUUCCUGAUGUGCUUUACUGUGGGGUCCUCUGUAUCCCUGCAGUGCAGAGGUUUUCUGAUGCCCAGCAGGGCUGGGUCAGUGUCAUCAGAAGCUGCUCCUACUUUGGCAUCAGUACUAGUGAGCAAUCCACUUAGAAAUCACAUUAAUCUCCCCAUGUAAGAGAAAUCUGCAAAUCUGUGCUGCAGUAAGGGCAUGCGCUGAUUUGGUUUGUUGUAGGGAGGUUUUACAGCAGUUUGGAUGCUAUUUUGCUCUGUCAUUUAUGAAGCCUGGUGACUCAAGGACAGCAGAGAGCCACACCAGCUUAUCAUCUUCUACCUUAAGACUGUUCGAUCUUUGUUUUCUAGACAAAUAUUCCAGUAUCAUGUCCAACACCACCACCCUUCUGGGACUGGAGACAGGCAGUAAUAGUCUUACUGGAAAGCUCGAAGUCUAGUAGUUCCAGAGAACUGGAGAUUCUUCCCUAGCUUAAAAAAUCAGAGGUAUCAGCCCUCAACACUGAGUCUUCCUGGUGUGUGUCCACUAAACAUUUCAGAACUCAAAUUAGAGUCAUUUUCAGAAAGAAGAGGGGAACUGGGUUUUAAUAUUUCAGGAAUAUCAGAAGAUUAGGUUUGUGUGUUCUCCUUCCACAUUUAUUUUAAAUAUUGCAAACUAUUAAAAUGAAAAUAAUCUUAUUUUUGCCAGUAUCUCUGCAUGAAGGUGGGAAGUGGUUUGUAACUGCUGAGCAUAAGUAUGGAAUGGCCCCAGGCUAGUGCAGAGCUUAUUUUGAGAUGGAUAAAAAGAUGAGGUCACCACCACAAUAUCUUUAGCAGAAAGAGAGGCAGGAACGUAAGAACAUAGAACAAUAGACUUCACAGUUUAAUUGAAUUGCUGCUUUCUUGGCUUGACUCUUCCACGUAGUCUAACGUCAGAGGAGUGGAUUAUCACUCCAGCACCAUUAACACACACUGAGCCAUUUCCCUGUAACUGAUGUCGUAGGUAGUUCCUCUGUAGGAUGAGUUGGGAUCUUGUUGCUCUUGAUCUUUCUUGAUGGAAUGUUUCCGUAGGUUGUUUGAGGGAUCUCUCCUCUGACCUCCUGUAACAGCAACAGAUUUCAGUCAGGAAAAUGGAGUCUGAUCUCAUCGGGCCUCAGCUGGAAGCCAAAAUGCUUCUAAGAAUAACACUAGAUUACAUCCGGUAUUCAUGUCAAUAACAAUUAGGUCCACAAAGAAACAGAGCAGGGAAGGAAGUGUGGGAAAAUACCAGCAUCGUUCAUGUGCUAGAACACACACAAGUUGCAAAAGUGUCUCUUACUCAGCUUUAGUUGCCACUAUAAGAGGAUAUUUUAUGCUACUUUGCAUCAGAUUUUCAACAGUUGAUGCGAAUUGGUUGCUUUCAGUUGUUUCCUGAGCUGCUUCAUGCUCAAUUGUGGCAGCUUGUUGCUUGGCUGCCACAAGAGUAGAACUGAUUUGUGUUGAUGAGACAAACUUGGGAUAGUUCCUCUGAAAAGCUCUUCAACUCAACUGGACUGCCAUACAAGUUUGCUGAGUUCGGAAUGUCUUGAAAUUAGGUUUUCUGUGGCUGUUUGAAGUGCCCCCAAGUUUGUCCAGUCCCUUUCAAUAUUAGUGAUCCAGAUGAAGAGCCCAUGGGAUGUGUAUAGGAGGGAGUGUAGUAGGUGUAAGUGGGUUUAUAUGGAAUUAGAAGACUGUAGUCACAGGAAGGAAGGGAUGGCCAACUGCACCAUAUGCUGUGUGCCUUCUGGAAAACUUACGUCUGAGAUGGAUCUUCAGAAAGUGUUUCCAAAUUGAUUGCUGGGGGAAGCAUGAGCUUCUUUUGGGCAGAAUUUUGGACUUCUUAUACCUUGUUUUCUAGGGAUCGUGAUUCUGAGACUUCAUUCCUUUUUUUUUGAAGAAGAAGCUUUGGGGGUCACAUGAAUGAAGUGUUUGCUUCCUUUCUCCUCCUUUUGGUGCUCUCCAUUCUUGAGAAAAAUACCUAUCUUCCAAACUAGAUCCUAGAAUGAGGAUCAUUUAAAAAGUGAAAAUUAGAUAAUUUUUCCUAACCUACCCACUCAUACCCCAUUUUUUUUCCAGCUGGAGAAUGUUUAGUUGAUGAAAUAUAGCUGUUCUAGAUAAAUAAAGAUGGUACCAAGACGAAGGUAAAAAUGAGGUGACCAUUAGGGGAGGCUGGACAAUAUCUCUUUGGGAACUAAGGCACAGUGGGUCCAGAGAGUAAGAGCUGUGUAAGAAGAGACUCAUUUAAUUGAACUAGAACAUCUUACUAAAAAUGACUUGAGACCCACAGAGAGAUGUAGUGCCUCAUUUUGGGUGAGGGAGUUUCAGGAAUUUCACCAUUCCCUGGAGACUCGUAUGCUCCAGGUUUUAUUUGCUUUAUAGGGUUUUGGAGAAAGUAAAGUUCUGGUCAGUUGCCAGGAUUAAUUUUAUCAAGUGUUCUUCUUAGGGCCCUCUCCUCAAUAGGGCACUGCUCUUUGUUUGUCACUAUGCACUUCAGCUUUGUAGAGUUUCUUGUAGAUUAGCCUGAACUGUAACUCUUGCUCAGAGCUAAGUGAGAGGAGAAAGAAAUGUCGUAAGGCUGACACUGGUUUGACAGAGGAUGCUAGCGAACUGGCGUGGUGGAACAGUUGGGGUUACUGUAGACAGAAAGGGUUUGCCACUGAUUCCAGCUAGUCAUAGCAAACUUAGGGUGCAGAUGGACUUGUGGGUUUCAAGGAGUAGUUUGAACCUUUUGAUCAUUUGAAAAGAGGCUCUAGGGGAUACUGGAGGAUGUAAGAAAGUCUCUGAGGUGUAGGUGUAGAUUGGAGUGCUUGGGUUAGGUGGAAAAUUGUGGUAGGGAAGGACGAUUUGUAGGGUACGUGUUCAGGAGGAUUUCAGGAGAGCAGGAAUGCACAGGGGAGUGGGGCUGGCAUGAAACUGAAGUAUGACUCACUGAGAAGGGACUCUGGAAGAGAUAUAUACGGAGUGACAUGGCUUUUCUAGGGUCGUUGCUUAGAGGAAACCUUGCUCUGGUGUAUGCAGAAGGUUGGCUUCAUGUGGCCUGUAUGUGACUGAGAAAGAGUAGACUUCUCAGUUAUCUCCUUUCUGGGUGCUUUGUCUCAUUUCAUGAGCAUAUCCAGGUGGAGCAAAAGCCCUUCUACCACAAACAUGAGUUCUCUCUAAAAAAUAAGCCAAUCCAGCCAUGUUUUGUGGGAAGGAUGAACUUACUGUAAUAGUGCUGUGAUGGAUUAAAACUGGAUACGCUCUAGUGGUGUUUUUUUAAGUGUGGCUGCCUAAUAAUCAGCUCUCUCCCCACUUUUGUUUUGGGCAUCAAACUGCACUGAGUCAGACCAGGGAGCUUUUUCCAGCCCUGAACUUUUGGCCUUCUUUACAGUAAAACACAUCAAGAAUAACUAAAAUCAUACCAGUUCCUCCCUUGGGUGAGAAGUCAACUGAACCAGACAGACUGAGAGUCCUCAAAUUAGGACGAUGUCUAUUCUGUGUAAUAACUCCCCCCCCCCUUUUUUUUUUUGUUUACUGGGAAAGUUCACACAAGCAUGUGUUGAGAUCAAGCCUGGAACCUGUUGAUCUGUGAAUAUCUUUUGCUUUCCCCGUCUAAGGAGCUGGUGUUCCUUCCCUCUGCUCUGUGGAGUGGUUCUCUCUCAGCCGUCUGUGAGCCAGGACACUAUGAACACCCUGCUGCACAUGCUGUCACUAUAAAACACUCUUUUAAUUUAAAUGUUUUAUGAAAAUAGUUGUUGUUUCCCUCUGUCAGUUACCAGUGGGAGGGGAGGGGAAGGGGGUGGGAGAAUCUGUGCAUGCAAAUGUAUUUAAAGUGCAUUGACCAAAGUUUUUGUUUUGUUUUUUUGUUUUUUGUUUUUUGAAUCUGUGAAGUUUUCAUAGCUGUGAAGUCAUCAGACUGCUGGGCAGUGAGGAGCCGCUGGUGCUGCUGAGUCUGUCUUGGUUACAUUUCUUAAUAAGCAUUAA